AUGCUGUGGAAGCUGUACCGCGCGACGCCCAAGAGCAAGGCACAGCAGACGGUGACGUCGGAGGUGUGCGUGUGGUUCCUCGACAAGAAGGAGCUCUCGGAGGAGCGCUCGCACCGCGGCAUGAGGUCCGUCGGAGGGUGGGGAGGGGGAACAGGAGCAGCAGAGCAGGCAACCCCUUUCCCGUAUCUGCGCUCCUUGGCCCUUUCUCCCCGCGCCUCGCGCACUUCGCGCUGUUCCCCCGCUCCCGCGCGCAGCAAGGCGGCGGAGGACCGACUGCUGGACAUAUUCCGCGCGGACGCGAAGGUGCUGCAGAAGCUGCGGCACCCGGGCAUCGUGCGCGUGGUGGAGGCGCUGGACGAGAGCAAGUGGGCCAUGGCGAUGGUCACGGAGCCCGUCUUCUCCUCCCUCGCCAACGCCCUCGGCAACCUCGAGAACCUCUCCACCAUCCCGAAUGAGCUGGAGAAGCUGGAGCUGGGGCAGCUGGAGGUGAAGCACGGGCUGAUGCAGCUGGCGGAGACGCUGAGCUUCAUCCACCGCAACGCCAACAUCAUCCACCGCGGCAUCAACCCCGAGUCAGUGUUCAUCACGAAGAAUGGCGGGUGGAAGCUGGCUGGGUUUGGCUUCUCCGUGCCCGCUGACCAACAGCCCGACCCCGAUGAACCCGCCUUCCUCUACCCUGACUUUGACGUGGACGACCAGGUGCUGCCCUUGCAGCCCCUGCUGGACUACGUGGCACCGGAGCUCACACGGCGCCCCACCAUCAACCGCUCCUCCGCUGCCGCCUCCCGGGACGCGCUGGCCAGUGUCGACGUCUUCUCCCUCGCGCUGCUCGCCUUCCAGCUCAUUGCGCGGCGCCGCCUCGUGCACGCCAACAACAACCUGCGCACCGUGAGUGCUGCACUGCAGCAGCCGUGGGUACAGCAGGUGGCGGGGCUGAGGACCGAGUCACUGGCGGGCAUACCCAUGGAGCUCGAGACGGACCUGCGCCGCAUGCUCGCCCCUGAACCCGCCGCCCGCCCCACCGCCUCUGAGUUCGCCGGUCAGUCAGCCUUCCCCCAUUUCCUCACCCUUCCCCGAAGCCAUGGCUGUUACCUGCUCCUGUCAUUCUCUUCCUCCUCAACGGGCAUUGAUUCUUCCAUUGCCCUGGGCGGCGGAUGCCUGUUUUCCUCCCCUCCAUCCAACCCACCACUGCCCCCUCUCCUCCCAUGCAUGCACCCUGCUCUGCAGCCUCUAUGUGUCCUCUCUCAUACUUACCAGAGCCCUCCUCUCUCGUUACCCUCCUCUCCCCCUACCCUCGUAUUCCAACCCACUACCCACCCUACCACCAUCCCCUCGGUCCUCACCCACCUCCCAUCGUGCACCCUACCCUCAUGCCCACAGGGUCGGGACAACAACGCGAGGGUGGAGUUCCUGAAGUCGCUGCACAGCAUAUGGGCGGGGUUUGACAGCCGAGUGCUGCGCUUCAAGGUGCUGCCGGCCCUGCUAGAGGAGCUGAAGAACCCCGCCACGCAGCUGCUGGCGCUGCCGUGGGUGCUGGAGGUGGCGGAGGCACAGGACGCACAGGACUUUGAGCUGCGCACUCAGACGCUGCUGCUGCCCGCCAUGGAGCAUGCGGGUGGCGACGUGCUGCUGCUCUUCAUCAAGCACCUCCCUGCUAUCGUCUCCAAGGUGUCACCAGCCAUCCUGAUGUCACAUGUGCUGCCCAUGAUCGUGCGCGCCUACGAGGACGCCGACCCGCGGCUGCAGGAGGAGACGCUGCGGCGCUCAGCAGUGCUGGUGUCGUCGCUGGACUUUGAGAUCGUGCGCACCGUCAUCAUGCCGCGCGUGCACAUGCUCGCCCUCCGCACCUCCGUCGCCGCUGUGAGGGUGCAGGCGCUCAUAUGUCUGGGCGACCUGAUACCCAACCUGGACAAGGCGGCCGUGAUGGACAUUCUGCAGACGUGCGUGCGCUGCGCUGCUGUCGACCGCUCCCCGCCCACGCUCAUGUGCAUCGUCGGCAUUGCUGACAUCAUCCAGAGGCAGGUGCGCGCUGAGGCAGGUGCGUUCUCAGCCAGGUGCGUUCUCAGCCAGUACGGAAUAGAGUUUGCAGCAGAGCACAUACUGCCGCUGCUGUGUCCCAUGCUCGUGGUGCAGCAGCUCACAGGCCCGCAGUUCGCCCGCUUCCUCAAACUCAUCAUGGACGUCCUCACCAAGAUACAGGACAAGAGGGGCGUGUCGUUGAGUGAGGCGGACUCCAUAUCGCUCGACCUCGCAUCCAUGGGCAUCUCCACUCCCUCCGAUGCCACUGUUGCCUUUGACGACAGCGCCAAGCCGCCGGCAUGGGACGCACAACCAGACUGGGCCAAGACACCCGCCUCCUCCUCCGCUGGCCCCUCUGCCGCCCCCUCCUUCUCAGACCCCUUCGCCUCCGCGCCCCCCAUCUCGUCCACCCCCGCUUCCUCCGCCUCGUCUGCCUUUGGCACGUCAGACCCCUUCGCGUCCUCCACUCUCUCCGCUGCACCAUCCCCCAGCCUUGCUUCCCUCUCUGCCAAUCCCACAGCCGGCAUGGGGGGCAUUGGCGGGGGUGGGUUGGGGGGAAUAGGAGGAGGCGGAAUUGGUGGCAGCAGCAGCAUAGGCGGUGGGGGUAUGGGGGGUCUUGGUAGCGGCUUGGAAGGGGGGUUAGUGGGGGCGCCUAUGGGAGGAUCGCUAGGAGGGGGGUUGGGAGGAGGCACAGGGUUUGGUGGGGGACUGGGAGGAGGCAUGGGUGGGGGGUUGGGAGGGAGCGCAGCAUCAGGAGCAGGAGGGGGUGCAAGUGACCCCAACGACCCCUUUGCAGACUGGCCUCCAAGAAAACCGCAGGCAGCAGCAGCGCCAGCGGCACCAACAGCUGCAAUGAGUGCCGCCCCGCGUCCCCUGGGCGGAGUGUCCAAGGCCAGUGGGCCACUUGACAUGGACGACUGGGGCGGCAGCUCCUUCCAGUCUGCCGUCCCGCCUGCCACUGCUGCCGGCACAGGGAUGGGAGGCACAGGCAUGGGAAUGGGCAUGGGCAUGGGCAUGGGAGGAGGCAUGGGGGGUGGGGCCAUGGGAGCAGGCAUGGGUAUGGGAAUGGCUCGGCCAAUGGGUGGCGUUGGCAUGGCUCCAGGGUUUGGGGCUUUCCCUGCUGCUCCCAUGGCUCCCAUGGGUGGCAUGGCUGCUGCUCCUCCUGCUGGCGGCGCUGUGUACGGUGCGAUGCGGUUUGCCCCUCCGCCAUCGCAGGGCUUCCCUGCCCCCCUUGCAUCUGCUGCCAUGGGCUCUGGCUUCACGCCUCCUCAGCGCCCUGCUGCUCCCCCGCAAUCUGGAGGUGCUCUGAUGGACCUCCUGUGA